GCCCCGCCCCCUCCCCACGAUUUGCCAGUUGGGCUGCGGAGGCCUAUCGGUUCCGGGCGCUGACGUAGCGGCGCCGGUUGGCGAGGGCGGGGCCGCUGUCAUGUGCGGCGGGACGCAGCCAGGGCAGAUGCAAAGCGCGGGCGAUGGGCGGGCGGCUAGCACUGCGGGCACCCAGACCGACAGCGCCGCAGGUCAAACACCAAGGCUUUCUAAAGUCAACCUUUUCACUUUAUUCAGUCUCUGGAUGGAACUCUUUCCUUCAGUUGCACAUCUAAAGAAAUCACAGGUAAAGAAGGCUGGUCUUGUUGUAGUGAAAAACAUGAAAAUUGUUGGUCUACAUUGCUCCAGUGCAGAAUUGCAUGCUGGUCAAAUUGCUCUUAUUAAACAUGGAUCAAGACUUAAAAACUGUGACCUUUAUUUUUCCAGAAAACCAUGUUCUACUUGUUUAAAAAUGAUUGUAAAUGCUGGAGUGAACAAAAUUUCAUAUUGGCCUGCAGAUCCUGAAGUCAGCUUGCAAAUUGAAGUGUCCAACCCUACCACUACUGAAGAUGCAAAGCUGGAUGCCAAAGCAGUGGAAAGACUGAAGUCAAAUAGUCGAGUUCGUGUGUGUGUCUUGCUUCAACCUUUGGUGUAUUAUAUGGUGCAGUUUGUAGAAGAAACCUCUUGCAAGUGUGACUUCAUUCAAAAAAUUGCAAAAACUCAACCAGGGUUAAAUACUGAUUUUUAUGCUGAAUGUAGGCAAGAAAGAAUAAAAGAGUAUGAAAGUUUAUUCCUAAUUUCAAAUGAAGGAAGGCACAAGCAAAUACUGAGGACUAUAGGGCUGGAGAAUCUCUGUGAAAAUCCAUAUUUUAGCAAUCUUAGACAAAAUAUGAAAGAUCUUAUCCUGCUUUUGGCCACAGUAGCUGCCAGUGUUCCAGCCUUUGAACACUUUGGAUUUUACUGUAAUGGAUCCCAGCAGACACGUGAAAUGUACCAUCAAAGCUUGCCCCAAGAAAUUGCAAGGCACUGUAUGAUACAAGCUAGGUUACUGGCCUACCGAACAGAGGAUCACAAAACAGGAGUUGGAGCUGUGAUUUGGGCAGAAGGAAAAUCUAGAAGUUGUGAUGGAACAGGAGCUAUGUAUUUCAUAGGCUGUGGUUAUAAUGCCUUUCCUGUUGGAUCUGAAUAUGCUGAUUUUCCUCAUAUGGAUGAUAAACAAAAAGAUCGCGAAAUCAGAAAGUUCAGAUACAUUGUGCAUGCUGAGCAGAAUGCCUUAACAUUCAGGUGUCAAGAUAUAAAACCAGAAGAGGAAAGCAUGAUUUUUGUGACAAAAUGUCCAUGUGAUGAAUGUGUGCCUCUAAUCAAAGGUGCUGGGAUCAAGCAAAUCUAUGCAGGAGAUGUAGAUGUUGGAAGAAAGAAAGCAGACAUAUCAUACAUGAAGUUUGGUGAGCUUGAGGGUGUUAGCAAGUUUACAUGGCAACUAAAUCCGUCUCAUGCUAGUGAUCAAGAGGUCCAAGAAUCUGCUGCCAGAGAAAAUGGUGUACAGAGAACAACAUUGCUUGAUGACCCACAGCACCAAAGCAAGAAGCUGUGUCUUGGAAACUACUGAUCAGUUACACAGGAAGCAGAAACAUUAGGUCUCUGUGAGCCUCUUAAAGCACUUUUAUAAUCCAGCCUGCUUGUGCUGUCAAGUAAGGUUGGAUUUUAUUUAUUAAUUGUUGGAAAAAUGAUUUUAGAGUAAGUUUAUUUAUGAGGUCUUAAAUGUUUUGUAUAGUUUUUAAUUUUAGACAUUUAUAAAGGAUUUUUUCCCUGUGAAAAUGCUGCUUAGAUAUUACAUACAGAACUAAUUUGGUGGCCACUAUUAAGAUUGCUUGGCCAAUCAUUAUGAAGUGAGAGCUUCCAGUCAUCAGAUCUGAAUCAUCUCUUUGCUAAUGGGACAGAAGAAUCUAGUGAAAUAACAUCUGGUUGGCUCAUGGCAUGAACUGAGGAAAUUGGUUUCAAAACUCCGAGCAAUCAGAAUGUAGUUUUGCAGAAAUAAAGCCUGAUUACUCAAGUGCUUGUGGAAGUCCCACAGAGCACGGGGUCAGAGACAGUAAAAUAGAAUUAGUCACUAACGUGUAUGUUCUUUUCAAUUAUCUGGUACACUGAAUAUGAAGUCAAUGGAUUACAGUGUUCUUGCUUGAUAAAUGACUCAGCCCUAUUGUCCUCUGUGCCUCUGCCAUCUACAUCAGCAGCCAGAGCUAUUAUUCUGUGACCACAUUCUCUUGCAUUGAUGUCAUUUUCUGUGGAUAUUUUUUUUAAUGUACCUCAAUUGAAUGGUCUUGAACAGAAAUCAGUGUAUCACUUCUCAGAAGCUGAAAGUACAUUUGUGAGACUUCAGAUCUUGGAUGAGACUCUCGGUACCUUGCACGUUAUACACUAGGAUGCUCACUUGUCAGGUGGCAGAGGAAAAAUGUUCGUAAUUUCAUAAAUAAUAUCAUAGGAGCAGAUUUGUUCCUGUAGGAAACUCACCAGCUAGAAAGUGACUGGAUUUCUUGAUGUCAUUUUUGAUGCAUUGAUUUGCAACAGUGAGAUAGUAGGGGAGUUUUAGAUACCAACACUGUAGGUAACUGUCACUGGAAUAAGGAACAUAAAUUAGCAAAUAGACUGAACUUGCAAACUCAUCUCAUUGGCUCUGAAGGAACACCAUGUAACUCCCAGCUGGCAGACAUUUGCAUACUGUGCCAAAAUAUAAGGGCAUCCCCAGUAAUUUUGGUCACAGUGGUAAUCCUCCCCACAUCCAGACUGUUUGUGGUUCAAAGAUGACUCGUGAUAAAGGUUCCAAGAUUGUCUUUCCCUUCACAGCUCCCACGUGCAAACUCCUAAAACCUCUCCCUUUUCCACUGGUACUAGGAUAUGCAAGUGGCUUCCUCCACAUGUAACAUGAGUACACAGAUCCUUUAGUCUGUGCUCCUCCUCCUCAUUCUUCUCUUAAACCAUUGGGAAGGGUAAGUUCUUGGGAAUCGAAAGCCAAGUCUCCUGCUCAGUAUUGCCGAACACUGGACUGCUGCAGCAGUCAAGGGCAUAAAAAAGGAAUACAAAAGACGUGCCCUUAGGAAGAGAGGAGCGCAUUUCCCAGCUCCAGCACUGCAAUCUCCACUAUAGCUACACACAUUAAGCAAAGAGCCCUGCCUCUAGUGCCUCUGCUUUCCAGUGACUCUGAAUAUUCUAAAAUCUAUUCCAGGACUUUCCCCUUCUGUUGUCCCUACAGUUGCAUGUUGGCUUCAUGCAUAGAGCCUCAUGGCUCUCUCUUGGCCUGGACAAAGGGCUGGCACCCAUUAGACAAGAGAGACCAGAGAGUAUAUACACAGCCUUCGUUCAUGUAGCGUUUCUGUCACUGUUAUAUUGUUUGUCAGAGGGGCCCUGUUCUUGAUUUUUAAGGGAUUGGGUCUAGUCUAUACAGUCUGGUUCUGGAGGCUCUGGUCACUUCUUGUUAAUCCUGUGGUACAAAGUAUGGCCAUGAUUCCUUUUAAGUUUACACUGCCUGCUUACUCUACAUUUAUGGACUUAAAGCCUUCCCCAUCUGCCCUGCACAACUACUCAGCUCUUGUUCCCUUACAUGGCCACAUAGUUUGGGUACCUUAGUGGCAUAGCAGGGGCUGCCAUUUCCUUUCAGUGUGUUUUAAACAUCUUAAAGAUAUUCUGGAAACUGGCAAAUAACUGAAUGUUGGGUGGAGCUCUCUGCUGCUAACAUGAGAGUGUGACUAACUUUCAUAUACUGUUAGUUCAUUUCACUAAGUAAGGAGGCUGCAACUACGCUGCCUUCCUUAUUCUAAGGCACAGCUGUCAAACAUCCCGGCUGCAGAGCCCCACCAUCCUACCCCCAGUACUACCCCUAUGUAUGAUCAGAUCCACACUGGGCACAAUGUACUUCUAUGGUGCACAGCUGGUCUGCAGGCUGGAUUGGGCCCACAGACUCCCUGCUCUCUCCCUCCUCCUCCCCUAGCAUACCAGAUUUGGCAGCUGGUCCAGCGCAGAGUGGCCAUAAUGGGCAUCGUGUGCAGCACAAUCCAGCUGGAGCAACCACUGCACUGCACACAGUGGCCACCCUAGCCAGGUUGCAUCACAUGUGGCACUCAUUCUGGGAUGUCUACCAUGCGCAGUACCUGCUGCAGCUGGUCUGGGAACUAUGCUGCAUGUGGUGUUUGUGGGUUGCAUGCAGCACAGUUCCCAGGCUGGCUGGAGCAGGCACUGCAUGUGGCACAAUCCCAGAGUUGCCAAAGUGGGCACCAUGUGUGGUACAGUCCUUCCAGGCUAGCCACCACAUGCAGCACGGCUGCCAUUCCAGCCAGAUUGCUAUAUGCAACACCCCUUCCAGCCACUCUAGGAUUCAUGCUGCGUGCAGCAUGGGUCCCUGAUUGGCUGGUGCAGCCACUGGAUCACGGAUGAUGAUUAGGGGGUGGGGUCUGUGGGUCCACUCUGGCCCACAGACUGGCUCUGCACCACUCAUCAGGCCCUGCUCUAAGGACUACCUUUAUUGGGAGCAUGGUUCAGGGAGAGGUAAGGGUGGCAGAAUACCCCUGUUGAGACUUCGGACCCCAUGCCAAGUAUUUGCACAAAAGAAGGAAGUCUGUGAUAUAACGAGAUGUGGAUCUGUCAUUGCAUUAUUGUAUGGGUACAUUUUUAAGCACUUGAAUAAACCACCAAGGUUUUGAGCUCUGAGCUGAACAGACAGUUCUCUUUGUCUGUACCCUAGCCUAAAGGCUUCACUAAGGCCUGCACAAAUCCAGUUUCAGGCUGGGAGCUUAAGCUGCUGUUCUUGAUACCGUAUAAAUGUCAUCAUCACCAGGAGACUUUUCUAAAUAAGCAUUGCACAGUUUGACCUGUUAUAAAAAGUUUAUUUUUUCAGUGCAUAAUAUUAGACUUUGCUGCAAGGAACUUAAACAUUCUGAGAGCUGUAGUAGGAUAGUAUUUAAAGAAAAACAGAUUCUCUUGUUUAAUCAUAGGUGUUCUACUUCAACUUGCAAGUCUCAGAAAAGGAAAGAAUGUCCUAAGAUAAGUGAAAUUACCUAAUGUGUUUAGACUUAACUAUUUAUCCAUAUUAAAAGUACACUCUCAAGGUUAGUACAAUUUGAUCUACCUUUUCAUCCACGAAGUGUGCUGACUUGUAAUUUAGGCACAGAGAAAAUCAGUAAAGGUCUGAUGCUCCUUCAGGUUUUACAUAGAUUUAAGAAACCCGUAGUGCUAGCAGAAUAUUUGUAAGGAAACCAAUUGUGCAUGUUGUUUUGGCAGUUAACAGUUCCUUUAAGUGACUAGGGCUCCUAUGCCGCAUGGUGAUUAGCAUACAUAAGCAGGAAAAAAGGCAUCAAGUAGUGUGUACAUGAAAUAAAGAUUUUAUCUGUGUUCUUUCUUAAAAUGAAGAAAACUUCAGCAAGGAGACACUUCUAGAACACACUGAGUGUUUGUACUUCUUGAGAAGUUACUCUAAACAUUUAGCCUUUAUUU